CAUGAGCGGCAACAAGCAGGACCUGCUGCUGUUCUUCGACCGGCCCACGGAGCCCUGCUUCAUGCAGAAGGGCGACGACAAUUCUGUCUUCCAACUCCCAGACCACUACUACCCGGACAAAUACAAAAGCGCCUCAGCUCAGCUGGAGAGCAAGUUCGGUACGGACUCCGGGCGCUCCAUCCCCAUCCGCAACAUCGCGCUCCCAGACCUGUCGCUGCCCAUGCAGCUGCCCUACAACGAGCAGUUCUCGCUGUUCGUGCCCGCGCACCGCCAGCUCGCGGGGAAACUCAUCGACAUCUUCAUGAACAUGCGCGACGUGGCGGACUUGCAGUCGGUGUGCGCAUACUGCCAACUGCGUAUCAACCCGUACAUGUUCAACUACUGUCUGUCCGUCGCCAUACUGCACAGGCCUGACACCAAGGGGCUGAACAUCCCCACGUUUAUGGAGACGUUCCCUGACAAGUUCGUGGACCCCAAGGUGUUCCGUAAGGCUCGGGAGACCACCACCGUCGUACCCGAAGGCUCUAGGAUGCCAGUAGUUAUCCCUCAAAACUACACGGCCGCUGAUGCAGAGCCGGAGCAGCGCGUGGCAUAUUUCCGCGAGGAUGUCGGCAUUAACCUGCACCACUGGCACUGGCAUCUCGUUUACCCCUUCGAGGCUGCAGAUAGAAGCAUCGUCGACAAGGAUAGACGAGGAGAACUGCUGUACUACAUGCACCAGCAGAUCGUCGCUAGAUACAACAUGGAGCGUUUCUGCAACAACUUACCAAGGGUGACGCGCUUCAAUGAGUUCCGCGCCCCCAUCGAAGAAGGAUACUUCCCUAAACUGGACUCGCAAGUUGCGUCUCGCGCCUGGCCUCCCAGAUUUGCGAACAGCGUCGUUAAAGACCUGGACCGUCCAGUGGAUCAGAUCCGUGUGGACGUGUCCACCCUGGAAACCUGGCGCGACCGCUUCAUCCAAGCCAUCGAGGAGGGUGCUAUAGACCUGCCAAGCGGUCGCAAACUUCCCUUAGACGAAACGACCGGCAUAGACAUCCUGGGUAACCUGAUGGAAGCAUCCUCAAUCAGCCUCAACCCUGCCAAGUACGGAGACUUGCAUAACAUGGGGCAUGUCUUCAUCUCGUACGCUCACGAUCCUGAUCAUAGGCAUCUUGAACAAUUCGGCGUGAUGGGAGACUCCGCAACGGCCAUGCGAGACCCCGUGUUCUACCGCUGGCACGCCUACGUCGAUGAAGUCUUCAAUUUGCAUAAGGCCAAGUUACCAGCGUACACCCCUAAACAGCUGGAUUUCCCAUCCAUCCGCGUAUCCUCCAUCAGCGUUCAGGGCCCCGCCGGAGCCAACACCUUCGCCACCCAGUGGGAGCAGAGCACCGUGGAACUGUCCCGAGGACUGGACUUCCAGCCGCGAGGCAGCAUGCCAGCUCGGUUCACCCAUCUGCAGCAUGAGGACUUCAUGUACAACAUCGAGGUGAACAACACCAGCGGGCAGUCUAUGAUGGGCACCGUCCGCAUCUUCAUGGCUCCGGUGGGAGACGAAAGCGGGCAGCCACUACCGUUUGAAGACCAGAGGCGCAUGAUGAUCGAGCUCGACAAGUUCUCCACGCCAUUAAGCCCCGGCAGCAACAUGGUCCAACGCAGCAGCAAGGACUCCUCGGUCACCAUCCCCUUCGAACGCACGUUCCGCAGUCAGGACUCUCGUCCCGGCCAGCCGGGCUCCGCCGAAGCGGCCGAGUUCGACUUCUGCGGCUGCGGCUGGCCGCACCACAUGCUACUGGCCAAGGGCACCACCCAGGGGUACCCCUGUGUGCUGUUCGUGCAAGUCACCAACUGGAACGAGGACCGGGUGGAGCAAGACCUAGUAGGCACCUGCAACGACGCAGCAUCGUACUGCGGCAUCCGAGACCGCAAGUACCCGGACAAGCGCGCCAUGGGCUUCCCCUUCGACCGCCCCAACCCCGCGCGCUCACUCUCCGACUUCCUGCAGCCCAACAUGGCCGUGCAGCAGUGCAAGAUCAAGUUCACGGAUGCCACUAGAAUCAGGGCUCAGAAAUAG